GGAAGAUCGUGGUCUAUAAGGUAGGCGCUUCUCUUGCGCCGUCUUAUCCGUUGUCGUUGCAGUAGCAGUUGUCUGUAAACAUCACAACUCGCCAGAAAGGGAACAUGAAGUGAUCUGGUUGAAAAUACUAGUAAAAUAAAAGACAAACGCCUUUGCAGCGGAGUAAGUAGAUGAAUAACCGCAACCAAUAACGAUGACAAAUCCGUCCAGCGACCUUCUCCAGAACAAAUCCCCGGCCGCACCACCCGCAGAGCCUCCGACUGGUUUGAAAGUGGUGACGCAGCGUGUGGUUUCCGGGCGGUUACUCGUCGACGCGGACAAAGAUGUGUGGGCGAGCUUUAACCGCGGACUGAUCCUCCAUGUCUCCUUCACGAAGUUCUUCAGCAUCAUGAAGAGUAGUACAGCUGAGAAUGAGAAACAAGAAGCAGACGAAGAAACCUCAAAGGAAUUUACCCAUUUGAAGAAGAUUUGCAAAUCGCUGCUCACCGCGAGUUUGUCCAGUACCAAUGCGUGGGAAAAGGACCACUCAGACGCCAAAUCGGUCGUCGACUUGUGCAAGCAGGGGCAAGACCAGUGCCUGGUGUUGAUCCCGCAGGCCUCGCUGACGGCGAAGCUGAUAUGAACUGCAAAAGUAUCGUACUCGUAUAGAUGCAUUACAAAUUAUUUUCUCAGCAUGAGAAAUAAAAUUUGCAAUGCGGAUUUACCUUAAGAAAAAGAUGUGUAAUGCAUGACUGCAAUUACUACGGUACGAGUACGAUACUUCUGCACAGGAUAGCUGAACCCGGGCGACAAAACGCUGAAGUACCACUCGCAGUGCGGCAAAGAAGAGGCGGAGGUUUUGUAUCGCUUGUUCCGGAAAGCGCUGGCAGCGGUGGUCGUGGAGCAACUGUGUUGUGGAGCAGCUGUAUCUGGUAGUGGCUGUAGUACAACGGCGGGACGACACAAGGACAAGCCAGGCAAAUUUCGGCCCGAUGGUCGUAUGAUUGGGAUUGGCGGAAAAAGCCAGAGCAACGACGAGAGAGUAAAUUUGCCACCUCCCGAGGAAUUUUUCAGAAGUGGCGAGUACCGCAAUUGGGAACAGCAGCAUAUCAACUGCAAAUGUGUCUGCUGGGUCUGGAACAAUACAAACUUCUCAUGCAUUUCAUAUUUUCCAUGCGGCAUGCCCCAUGAGGUUUGGAAUGCAGAACCUAGCAUGACAGGUUCUCUGACGUCUCUAUGAUGCCUAACCUGCAUGACAAUCUGCCUCGAAAUUUGUUCAAAAGUGGACAGCUUUUGGUAGUCAUGCAACACAAAUUGUUGCCCGAUCCAGAGGACUUUCUUAGCACGACAAGUUCGCGUCCUCCCAGACCCAGACAUAUUUGCAAUGCAUACAGCAGCAGGACGAAUCUACUGCUGCCAACCAAGAACACGAGUUCUCCACCUUCGAUGACUCCGGUUUUCCAGUGACAGCCGCGGCAACGGGUGAGCCCGUGGCAAAGUCACGGCGGAAGAAGCUUGAGAAAAUGUGGGCCAAGUACAAGCAAAAGUACGAGCAGAAGAAUGUAGCGACGACCCGCCAGGCUCCUACUUCUACGCAGCAGACCCAGACGGAGAGGACCUCCGGAGGGUCUACUUCACAAAUUGUUGACGAAAGAGUAGGCCAAAAGAAUGUUGGCAACGUCGCAAGCGAUACGGGAAAUAAAGGAGCGGCGAAUAUCAAACAGCUUCCAGCAGAAGAGAUUUCCACCAAAUCAAGCACCACCGCCCCCCAGGAGCAGCUAGCACAUCCGGAGAAGCCUUCUACUGAAUUGCAACAGAAAGGAACCGACGGCCCGACCGAUAGUACACUGCGACCCUGCGUCCUUGAAACCGCCAAGCCUUCCGACCCGGCGUUUCGCCUUCCAACGAUUGUCACGGGCACCUUUGGUGGCCGCCAGGGUUUGGAGCUUUGCACCGGGGGGCCCUUCACUCACAGCUUCAACUUUCCGCCGCCCGCUGGGAGUGGGGGUUGACGUUGACUUUGGUACAAACAGGAUUGGAGGCCGGAAUACUUCGGCGUGUUUAAUCGAAAGUUGGUACACAGGGGCAGCACUCAACCACUCCACGCCUUUCACCUGAAAAGAAUUUGUUUUCGCAAUUUUUUUGGAGACGAUGACGACCGCCAAUUGCAGCUCUUCAGCAGCUGAAUGGCUUAAGCGGCUGAAGACGUGCUGGAAUGUCCUCCAUAGAAAAAAGAUAACGAAGAUAAGCGAGGAUGCGCAAAAAAUCAUCUUUUGUCGAAAGAUGUGAGCUAUUUGCUUUUUCUUUCGUGUUCGAGGAACCAAGAAGCGGUCCUUUGAAAAGGCAGCUCACUACGUUUUUGUUGUUGUUCAAACAGCAAAGGCAAAU